CUUUAAUCUCUUCGCAUUGGCCACAGCGCUUUAAACUCAGCUAGCUAAUAGCAACAAACACAGCAGCCGAGACGAGAGUCUGGAGCUUUCGCCAAACACAAACUCUGUAUCCAGAGCUAAAAAUGGCCUCUCUAGGAGAAUCUGUGCGUCUGGAAAGAGACAUAUCUCGUGCCAUUGAGCUGCUGGACAAACUCCAGCGAACAGGGGAAGUGCCUCCCCAGAAGCUGCAGGCACUUCAGAGGGUUUUGCAGAGUGAGUUCUGCAAUGCCGUACGGGAGGUAUAUGAGCAUGUGUAUGAGACAGUGGACAUAAAUAGCAGCCCAGAGGUGAGGGCGAAUGCAACAGCAAAGGCUACAGUGGCUGCAUUUGCAGCCAGCGAGGGUCAUUCUCACCCACGUGUGGUAGAGCUCCCUAAAACAGAGGAAGGACUGGGGUUCAACAUCAUGGGUGGGAAGGAACAAAACUCGCCCAUCUACAUCUCCCGCAUCAUUCCUGGAGGCAUCGCCGAUCGGCACGGUGGCCUGAAGAGAGGAGACCAGCUGCUCUCCGUUAAUGGAGUGAGUGUAGAAGGAGAGCACCAUGAGAAAGCUGUGGAGCUGUUAAAGGCUGCUCAGGGUACAGUGAAGCUGGUGGUACGGUACACCCCUAAGGUCCUGGAAGAGAUGGAGUCGCGCUUUGAGAAGUUGAGGUCUGCCAAACGCCGGCAACAGAACAGCUACCCCCAAAAAAGUCUACCAGAAAUAAAAAACAUCUCAUUUUGAGUCUCCAGAGAGAGAAAUGGCAGCGCGGUGACACAAGCAUCCCAUCAGUACUGCUGUUUUAAACACAAGAUGUCAGCUGUAAAUAUACUCCCGAUAUCGCUUACUGACCCAAACUGAUUGACUCUCCACAUCACAUCACAUACAGCACAAACUGACACUUUUUUUUUUUUUUUUCAUGAAUGUGUGGGGGUAAUCUACAUUAACUGGUAUAUCAGUUCAAUAUCAACCUUUAUCAACAAGAAUACUAAACUAUUUUGGUUUGUUUAGACUCUUUUAGAGCCACAAAACAUGCUACAUACGCUCCUGAUUACUCCAUUUAAACAGUCAGCUUUUAAUUGAAAAUUUAGUGUUUUGUGUUUAUGAAUAGUUCAACCAAACAUCAGUUCAGAGGAGAUGCUUGUGGCACUGUUUGGGUGUUAGAUAAAUAGAAAAUUAAUUGAAAAUAAACCUUUUUUUUUUGUAGCAUAUGCCCCUUAAAGCACACAAUGAACUCACUGCAGAAACACUAUGUUUAAAACCAUAGGGGGAUAUUAAUUGUUUUAUAGCUGUUUUAUCGUCUGUUGUUUCAUAACACUUUCUGAGUGCUAAUGUGGCACUUGCCUUUCAGUCAGCUGUGGGUCCAUAUGUUUCACCCAGUUCACGCUGAUCAUUACAAAGAUCUGCAUCACGUUUCAGAAUCAGUUCACUUAAAUUGUUAUAUUAGCAUAUCAGGAGGUAGCAACUGAGCAUAAUGCUAGCAAAACAGCAAUGAAUGCAUAAACGAAUGUUUACGAAUACCAACCCUAUUCACCAUUCAUUAUAUGAGACAUGUCCAAAUGAAGCGCAAGAGAAAUUGUUUAUUAAUUGGUUCUGUCAUUUAAAUUUUCUUUCAUUUAUUUUGUCCUAUUUUUUUCCUAAAAGUCAGAAAUUUAUUUCACACAUAGCAAUGUCUACAGGGAAAGAGAGAUGAGAUUUUAUCAGGUCUUCUCCAGAUACUUUAGUGGCUAAAAAUGCAGUCCCAUUCCAUUCAUUACUUUAGAUUCACCUCUACAUGUUGAUGUUACAGCCAAAUUUUAAGGAUUUAAUUGACAUGUUUUUUAUUUUUUUAUAUAUUUUUUCUUAAAUCCUGAUUUGUCAAGAUUCAUAUAAUAAAUGUAGUUUCACACUGUAAUUUCACACACUCUUUGUACUCAUUUUCACAUGUUAAAAAAUGCAACACGCUUAAUGUAUUUUUAACCUCAAAUGCAGGUAUUUUCAGUAUCUGACAAGCUUGGGAAAAAAAAACAGUCUAUUUUUCUCAGUCUCUCAUAAAAUAUUUAACGUGUCUAAUUAUAGAGGCCCAUGACUCACCCCGAGCUGUGAGGUACGUAGGUGUUUUGGGGUGAGAGAUAAAAGGGAGGUCUGAUGUCUUGCAUUAAGGAAUCAUUUGUGUUAUUGACAAAAAAGAAGAAUCAAGCGGUCUCUUUUCUUUCUGUGGUGUAUAAGGUGCUCAGGUUGGUUCUAGCAACAAUAUCAUGAAUUUGAAAGCAUCAUGAAUCACAAGAGCAAUAAUGAGACAUGAUCCGUUCAUCAUCAUCUCAAACAGGUUACUCGCUCCCCAUUCAUACUUGGAUUUGACCACAGGGGGGCUGUCUAACUAUUUUUAUAACCUUUUUCUUUUGAUAUUUUACCCCUUUUUGAUAAAGUGAUUUUUCUCUUGAGAUUUUUUUCCAAGAAAGCUUUGUAUUGAUUUACCUUGACCACAUUCUCCCUGUGAUUCAGGUAACAAGACCAAACUUGCAUCAAUUCUGGGAGCUCUUUCAGUGUCUCGUCUGCUAGUUUGGACUGUUUUGUUUUUAAAGAAACUGUUGGUUUAUUGAAUUGUUUGACAUUUCUGUCCUGCUGUAUUGUUACAUGAAUGUGGAUGUAUAGAGACUGAACAAAGUGAUUUGUUUUGAGGAUACAGAGUUUAAAUAUACUGUGGGUUUAAAUAUUU